CAUAGCGCUAGGCGAUAUAAGUACUCGAAGACAAAAACAAUGGCAGCCGGCUCCUCUGUGUUCCUGCCGGACGGACGGGCGGCCCUUUCCCGAGUUCUGCAAGAGGCAGAGCAUCGGACGAUCACAAUGCUCCACACACUCAGUGGACCCGGUUGCGCGGGUGCUGACGCUGAGCGACCAAACGGCCCGCGCCGACCUGCUGCGUGAUCUCGAGGGCCCGGAGAGCCCAUCUCCGCGGGCAGAUACUAGCCCCCCGACUAUCGAAGGGCGACGCGUCGGACCCCGGUGCCGAGUGGCCGCCCGCCGGCAGGUGAUGCGCUGCCGUGCUUUUCCCGAGACGGAGAGCGCCGCCGCCUGCAACCCCGGCAAGUACGUGCGUACUGCCGUGGCCAAGCGGCUAUAA